ACCUUCAGGCAACGGCGCAUUACACAGGCGCCUGCCAGCACGACUAUAUCGCUGAUACGACCCACCCAACGAAGUCUGCUGUGUUACUACGACUUUCUUUCCUACCUGGACCAACGAGAGAUGAUGACCGAAGACUUCAACGAUAGUGGCGUGGAGGAGUCCCUCGGAGAGUCCAUCAUGCGCCUCGCACUCAACUGUAACUCGAGUCCCGAGAGCCUAGAGGAAGACUGUCCCCAGGAUCCUGAACCUGCGAACACCAGUGUCUCCGGUGAGGUCCAGCCCAUGACCCGCGACAUGUCUCUCAGCUCCGAGGAGACGUCUCCUUCAGGAGCAGAGGAUCUGCUGGAGACCACCAAUAAUGGACCGAUGAGCCGGGAGGAGCGUGUGGCCUCCAUCAAGGAGAUGUUAGAGAUCUACUUCAGCGACAACUACCUCACUCGGGAUAUAUUCCUCCUCAAACACUUCCGCCGCAGCAAAGAGGGCUGGAUCUCCUUGAAGUUUAUGGCGGCCUACAAGAGGAUCAAGCGGAUAACCAAGUGCCUGGAGGAGGUGAAGGAGGCGGCACAGCAGUCAUCGUUACUACAAGUAAGUUCCGACGGUACUAAGGUGCGCCGUCUCGCACCUAUGCCAGCUUGUAUUGAAGAAUACAUUCCGACACGCAUGACGUUGGUGGGCGAGCUUCCUCAAGACUUGCGGAACCUUACCACUCUCUCCAAGUACAUGGCAAGUUACGGAACCAUCACGUCCAUCCAGCUGAUGCGACCAGGUGUCACGCUUCCGGAAAUACUGCGUGAGACUGUGCAGAGUUUCCCCAAAGUGCGGGAACAGUGGUGCGCUCUGAUCGAGUUUGACGAAAUCGCCGCCGUGGAGAAGUUGAUGGACACCAUAAACGGCGGGCUGGAGAACUGGAGCCACAGCUGGGCCAUGGAGCUCAUCAUGCCGUGGCGCAGCGGCAAGACCAUCGACUACUCCAGUAGCUUCAAUAAAAACCGGUGUUGGUCUUGCCCUUCGUCGGGCUACUCAUCCCCAUGCCUCACACCGGAGCAGUCGCCCAGCGUGGCCGGCCGUCGCUCCGGGAUGCGCGGGUGCACCAAACGCGAACGAAUGAUGCAGCAGGCCAAUCCGUGCCACUCCUACGUGUGUCAGCAUCAGGUUGCCACCACGCCGUCUCCCAUAACCUCCCCACGCAAGUACUACUGUCGAGGGGGACAUUUCAUCAACUCAGGGGAGAGUGUCUCGCCCCGCCGUUCACCUCAAAUGACGGAGGCGAACAGAAGCGUCAACUGGCGAGCUCCAGUGCUCCCCUCUCACUGAGGACACCUUGCUUCCGACACCACUGGAUGCUGCUCUCUUGUUUCCCUCACGAAGACAUCUUUGAAACGCAACAUUUCGGUGUGAUAACAGCUGCGGUCGUGAUCCAGCUGCCGCAACGCAACAAUAGGUGUAAGGCGAAGGCAUAAGCUCCGUAGUGUUCCGUGAGGAGUGUACCGCCAGUGAGAGCCCAGUGGUGCAGAGACCAGCCUACCGCUGUCUCAGUGCGUAUGUCAGGUGUGUCAUCGGAACCAGAAGAGGAGCGCCUGUAUUCUAUAGGGUCAUUGUGUAUCUUCAUAUAUAGUGUUAAACGCACAGUUGAUUUUCCUUUAAUACUUAUAAAAAUCUGAAUGAUAUCAAUAAGAACAUUUUCCUAUAUUUAUAUAUUCAGCAUCCAAGGAUAAGUAUAUUGGGAAUAAAUGUUACUUGGCAUUCGAUGAGCCGUGGGAAUAUUGCUAUGCAAUAGUUUCCAGCUUAUAAUUUAACCAAGAAUAUUUAGUAUCAAAUAUAAUCGUCAAGUGUGUAAAUCUAUAUUCCUUUUUAAAAUGCUUUACAUUCAUUAUCUCUUUGUUCAAGAUAUCCAGCAGAAUUAUUUUCAUUAAAAGGUUUCGUAUUCAUACCUUUUUUUCCUGACAGUGUCACCCCAUUGUUUACCUUAACGUCAUACUUUACGAGUGUUUCCUAUCACAGCGUACCAGUCCUAUCAUAUCUGCCACAGACGCAUAGAGUAGUGCUGGCUUCCUUGUGACUGAGUGACAGGCCAUAGAAAACAAAUUCAAUAAGCUUAAAGCCACGGUGAAGCCCGAUCAACAAAGCCUUGAGGGGCGAUCAACUGGCGAGUGCGUGAGGCAGAUGUGACAGGGUUAUCUGGCAGAUAUUUCCACCUUCCUCUCUCCAUACUUCCUAUUCUCCCACCCAGAGUAAUCCAUGGAGAUUACAAGGAUACUCUCCUCCUCCUCCUUCUCCACUCUCCUUCCCUGCACGAUGAAAGCCUCGCUCUCAGGCAUGUUUAAUAAAAGAUAAUGAUACAGCAA